ACAAAUUUUCGAUAAAGACCUCCCAUGUUCUCUGUCAUUUGACGGGCAUAUUUAAUACAUUUACUUUGUUUUUGAAUCCUCCGCACAUCGCUCAUAUUAUGAGCGAAAUGCUUUUGGUGUUUUCCCUAUUAUUUUGCUCAGCUAACUUUACCAUAUCACUGCACCCACGAUCCUGAAAUUUUAAACGAGGUUGACGAAGCUAAGCACUUUUUCCAAAUUUAAUAUAAAUUUGAGACAUAACUGUUAAAAAUGCCGACUGACACCAAGCGCAUUCAAGGACCAGAUGAAUCGCAAAGCACCUUUUUGUAUAAGAAACGGACUGAUAAACUGCAUCAACCGCUUCUAGAGGAAGGAAAGCGACAAGAUGGAAGAUCACCUGAAGAAAUCAGACCAAUAUUUCUCAAAGCUGGGGUUGUUAGUCAAGCGAAAGGAUCAUGUUAUAUUGAAAUGAAGAACACCAAGGUCAUAUGUGCAGUGUAUGGACCAAGAGAGGUGCCAAGGAGAGAUGGGUUUGUCAUCAAUGGUCAGCUUCGAUGUGAGUUUAAAUUUGCUACCUUUGCCAGUGAAGUGAGGCAAGGCCAUUUAACUACAUCCACAGAGAAGGACCUGGCAUUACAGGUGCAGCAAGCCUUAGAACCAGCCGUUUGCUUGCACAAGAUUCCCAAGUCCCAAGUUGAUAUUUUCAUCACAGUACUAGAAAACGAUGGCAGUGUUCUUUCAGCAGCCAUUACUUGUGCAUCCAUUGCUGUUGCUAAUGCUGGUAUUGAGAUGUAUGACCUUGUAAUUGGGAGUUCAGUGAGACAGUCAGGAGAAAGACUUCUGCUUGAUCCAACGGCAUUUGAUGAAGCUGCAGAUUCCAUGGCUACAGAUGACCCACAAGCUAUCAUCACUGUCGGAUUCCUACCUUCUAUCAAUCAAGUCUCAUGUCUGGUUCAGAAAGGACAGCUCCAGAGUGAAGAAUCCAUCAAGGCAUUGCAGCAGUGUAUAGAAACAUGUCAGCGUAUCUACCCGGUUGUGUACGAGUGCUUGAAGAAAUCUGUCAAGAAACUCAAGACAUCAGUAGGGUCACCUUCCCCUGUGGAUGGAUUUCCUGUGUCAUGACGUUGAUAGAUCCAGUGAUCAGUGGACCCUAACAAAAACAGACUCUUUUGCACAACUGAGUGAUGUUGGUGAUUUCAGCUUAGCUGACCCCUGAGAGUAGGCUGUAAGGAACAGAAUCAAGACAUUUAAAGGCAUACAUGUAUUGCCACAGUCACAAUGAAUAGCAUCAGCUUUAGACCCAAACUGCUCUUACAGUUCCUGGUUCCCCACCCAGAAUGCAACAUUUUAUUCAGGUAAUCUUAUACCUAAUAUAAUUGUGCCAUGUUUGUGAAAACAUUAUUACCACAGAUGUGCUGGUAAGGUACAAAAUGAUUACAGAUUGACUCCAGGGGGCUGUUUCAUAAAGAUGUUCAUAAAGAUGUUGAGAGCGACUUCAAGAAUGACUGGUGAUCCUUUCUUAUGCGCUAAACUAUCUCCAAUGAAUAUACCAUUUACCACAAGAAAGGAUCGCCAGUCGUUCUUAAAGUCACUCUUAACUUACGAACAGCUUUAUGAAACACCCAACAGAUGUCCCUAUUUUCCAAAUAAAGGGCAAAUGGCCGUCGUGAUUUCUACCCAAUUCCACAGUAUAUUUUACAUCAUUUGUAACAUAUUGAGGUUUACAGUGUAUCAAGACUGGUUUACAUCACAGGAGCUCAUUGGAGGAUGCCCACUGUGCAAUUGACCUUGAAGGAAAAUCACAUUUUAAAAUCACUUGUAUCCUAUCAAUUUGGUCCGAUUGCUACUUGGUCCAACCAUCAUUUCGCCUGGUAUUCACUUGGGCAAAUUGUUGUGUGGUCUAAUUUCCACUUGUUUACUUUCUUUUUGCACUUUACCAUAUGAAUAUUUGGUUCAUGGGCAGUUCAUCUAAUCAUACAAUGAUGUUAUACCAAGUGGAUAUUAGAUGCAAUUGUUAUGAACUCCUAAUUAAUCUACAGUAAUUAGUCAAUAAGGCACAUAGAUAGCACACGUCUUAUAAUCUUGGUAUAUGAUUCCAAAGCUAGUUUAUUCCGCAUUGCGCCUGCACAGCUACAAUAAUAAGAAACAGUGAGUCAUGGUAUGACAUCAUGUAUGACAUCAUUAUCAAUAUAUAACAUCUCUUCCUCCUUAGAUUAAACAUACCUUUUAUGAACAUCCCACAUUCCAAUUUAAUUUGUAACUGUACCAGUAAAAUAUUAAACUGGUCUUAGAACUAUAUUUUAAAAAGAUUGACAAUUUCUUUUGAUAUCCGUUUCCAGAUUCAUAUUUCAACCUUGAGAAACUUUUGAUCGUUAUUAAACGCAAUUAAAUUAUAUUUGUCGGUCAGGAACUGAAAUUAGAAUUAAAACUAAUAAAUUCAAUGAUAAAAUUUGUUCACUGAACUAGACAAAUUAAAUCAAGAAUUUUGACAAGGUCCAAAAAGUGAGAGUUAAUAAUCCAAGACAAGAUUUUAUAAUCAUUAUUGUUGUGUCAAAAAUUAAGAAAAUUCAUAAUAGUUUGGUUUUCUACGCUCUCGUCUAGGAUAAUACUUUAUACUGUCAUCAUGGUCAACUUCAUGAUUGUCUUCAUGAUCUGCGCGAAUGUCUGGCGGAUCUUCGUUGACAUCGCAAUAGUCAUUGGCGUUAUCAGGGAUGAUAUCGUCUUCGUAUGUCGGGCCGGUGUCUUUGUUCGAGGUCUAUUCCUUUUCAGUACCGAGCCAUUGGCAUUGACAUUUACGACAUAAAAUACUGGACCGUUACAUUCUAGUACUUUUCUGUGUAGCCAUUGAUUCCCUUGCCCGUAAUUUCUCUCAAGGACUUCUUCACCUAUCUUAAAUUCGCGAAGUUUGCGAGAAGUGUGAGCGGUCUUCUGUGAGAAAUGCUUCUUUUCAACAGUUGCGUUCACAUCAGGCAGAACAGCUGUGAUUCAUGAGCAAUUCUGCCGGUGUUUGCAUUGUGGUAGCUUGUGGAGUUGUACGGUAACUCACAACAAGAACCUUGAUAAUCUCGUCUGAAGGGGUCCACUCAUUUUUCUGAGGGCUCUUUUAACGGUUUGCACUGCUCUUUCCUUAAGACCAUUAGUAGCUGGGUGAUAUGGUGUACCUUUUAUCAAUUAUGUGAUUGAUUGCAUUCAUUUUCAUGAACAAAAUGAAUUCUUCACUAGUGGAACAGGGCCCAUUAUCCAAAACCAGUGUUUGAGGAAGACCUUGUGCCAAAAAGACUUCCCUCAAUUUGUUUAUUGUCACUUCACUCGUCAAUUUAUUCAUAAUGUGAACAUCUAUCCAUUUUGAAUAUGCAUCUACUAUUACUAGCAACAUCUUCCCUUCUACUGGAUCUGGGUAAUUGACAAGAAUUGCAACCAAGGUUUAUUUGGAUAUUCCCAAUGAUGGGAUGGAGCUUUCGACGGCUGUCGCUUGUGUGAUUGACAUUCGGAGGAUCUGGAAUGGUUGAUUCAAGUGGUAAUCUACUGAGUGCAUCAGAGUUUGAAUUUCUCUCUCCCGCUUUUAACCUUAUUUGAUAUGCCGCAAGUGUAAUCGCCCACUCGCGUGGAGAAGCCAUCUGUGGAAUGACUUUCCUCUCUCCAAAGAGACCAAGUAGCGGCUUUUGAUCGUAAUUAUUUCAAAUUUACAGCCAUACAGAUAUUGGUGAAACCAUUCACACCAAAUACAAUCGCUAAUCCUUAUCGAAUUGCGAAUAUCUGCGUUCUGCCAUAUUCAGUGUUUGUGACGCGAAACCGAUGGGUUUUACGGUCCCAUCCGAAAACCUACGUGCGAGUACGGCUCUGACACCGUACAGACUAGCGUCGCAAGCUAGUAUCAGUUGCUCUUUAGGAUUAUAAUGGGCUAGCACCCUAGUUCAAUUUAGCAACUUUGUGGCUCUUCAGAAGCCUGUUUUUGCUCCUUGCCCCACUGCCAUUUUGCGUCUUUCCUCAACAACCGAUGAAGAGGUUCUAGAUUCGAUGCAAGGUUAGGUAAGAGUUUACCAUAAUGAUUCAGCAAGUCCAGGAACGACAGGAGUUCCUUUACGCUCUUUGGUUCAGGCCCAUUUGUGAUGGCUUGCACCUUGUCCCCCGUGGGAUGAAUACCCUUUGCAGUGAUAGUGUGUCCGAGGUAAUCAACCUCGUCCUUGAGAAACACACAUUUCUCUUUCUUAAGUCUCAGUCCAGCUUUCAGAAGGGCAUCCAGGACUAUUUUUAGGUUUUUCAUGUGGGCAUCUGUUGACUCUCCUGUGAUGAGAAGAUCAUCUAGGUAGACAGCCACACCUGGAAUACCGGCCAGCAAUGACUCCAUCAUCCGCUGAAACCCAGGGCGCCGUUAAACCUUCAAAAGGCUGUCUCUUAUAUCGAAAUAACCCUCAAUGCGUGUUGAUUGUGAGGAGCUCCCUGGAUUUCUCAGACAGGAUUGUUGGUAGGCAUGAGAAAGAUCCAGCUUUGUAAAUUUCUUUCCAUUUGCAAGCCUUGCAAAUAGCUCUUCUACUCUUGGGAUCGGAUAGGUAUCCGAUCGAGCUGCUAUGUUAAUCGUUUUAUAAUCCCCAUAAAUGCGAAUGGAUCCAUCUCCCUUGACGACUGGGACCACUGGAGCUGCCCAGUUUGAAUACUGAACAGGUUCAAUUAUGUCUUCUGCGAGAAGGCAAUCCAACUCUUGAUCCAGAUGACUUUGAAAUGAAAAUGGAACUGGACGGGCCUUCAAAACCUUAGGCGAUGCCUCGGGGGUCAAUAUCCUAAUCCACUUCUACACCUUUGAACUUUCCAAGGUCUCGUGUGAACAGCCCCGCAUAAUCUGAAACACUCUUUCUACAUCAUUGACCUUGACCAAGUUUACAUGUAUCUCCCUCCAUUUCAUGCAGCCAAUCUCAUCCCAUGAGAUUCGGCCCUCUAUCUCUUGCAACUAUCAAAGGCAAACGUUCCUCCUUGUUGCCCUUGGAUACAUGGACUUCAAUUUGUCUGAUAAUUUCGACUAAGUGUUUGGUGUAUUUACUAUUAAGCCACGUUUUGGAUCAGCUUAGGCCUCUCUUUGUCACUCCACUGAGAUAGCCAGGUUUUCUCAUUGAUGAGCAUUACUGCCGAGCCCGUGUCCACUUGGAAGUUUAUAGGCUUCCCUUUCACUAUCAGCAGAGUCAUAAUUGGAGGAGGUUUCGGACCUUUUGAAACUUUCGUGUUGAUACAACUCGUAGCCGGUUUUGUUUUCAUCAUCUUUUGUUUCGAGCUGAAGAGUGAGGUUUGUUGGAUGUGGUCAGUUUUCCUUGCUGCUUGAAAACUUUUCUCUGCUCCUUCCUCUCUCCUUUGGCGCUGCAUACCAUGGCAAAAUUUCCUUUUUUCUUGCAGUGGAAACACUCUCCAUCUUUUGCUGGACAGGCUUCUCCUUUAUGAUGCCCCUUACUGCAGCUACCGCAUGAGGAAUGUUUCUAGGAAAUAGGGCGGUGACGACUUACUAUGACUAACCCCAUGAGCGAUUUUGUUCACCAUCUUGCCUUUGUUCUGAUCAUUGAGGUUGGCUGUAUUUUUAUCAGCCAAUUCCAUUGCCAAUGCAAUAUCUUUAGCUUUUUUUUAUGUUAGAGUUGGUUCAGCCAAUAACCUCCUUUGUUUUCUAUCAUCUGCCACUCUGCACACAAUCCAAUCUCUCAACAUUCCUCCAAAAUAGUAUCAAACUUACAUUCAUUAGCCAAUCGUCGCAGCUCAGCAAUGUAAGUUGACAGCGAAUCAUCUGAUUUUCUUGACCUACUAUUAAUUUGAAUUGCUGGACGAUCACCGAUGGCUUUGGCUCUCAAUGAUCAGUCAUUGAUUUCACAAGUUCCUUGAACUCAAUUUUACCUGGUUUUCCUUGGUGCUGCCAAACUUGAUAUGAACUUGUAGGUUGAGGCUCCACAAACAUUAAAUAAAAUGGAUCUUUUCCUCCUCUCUUCAAUGAUGCUUAGCAUCAUUGAUGAUGCUAUUGGCGUCGAAGUAGUGUCCCAUACGCUCAAUGUACUCGGACCAACUCCCUUCGUCUUCCCGAAAUUCACCAAUUGUUCCAAAAGUAGUCCUCCUCAGGUACUCGAACUUUCCCAAAGUGAAGAACAAACACAAAACUCAAUCCUCAUCGUCAGAUUUGUUGUUAUCCUGAUUAUUCUACAGUAAUUAGUAAAUAAGGCACAUAAAUAGCACACAUCUGAUAAUCUUGGUAUAUGAUUCCAAAGCAAGUUUAUUCCGCAUUGCCCCUGCGCAGCUACAAUAGUAAGAACAGUGAGUCAUGGUAUGACAUCAUGUAUGACAUCAUUACCAAUAUAUAACAACAAUGAAUACAGCCUAACUGGAAAUUAGGUAAAAUGAUGAAUGAACGAAGUGGCAAUUAGACCAGAUGAUUAGUAUCAAACUGGUUAUAGAUGAACUAGGAUAAAUCCAUGUCAGAUCGGACCAAACGGAAAGUAGGCGAAGUGGGUGUAGACCAAGUGGCAAAUUACCUUAAAAAUAGGUCAAAAGUGCACCUCGUAUAUAAUUGCUGUAAACAUGAAGUUGAGUUAAAAGAUACAAUUUUCAGAAGAAAGAACUUGUGAUGAUGGAAACUGCCAUGGUAAGCUGGUAACAGGGCUUAGCCACUACUCGCUGUUAGAACAGUUUCGGAACUGAAGUGGCUUCCCUGGGUAAAAUAUGACAUUAUUAUUACAUAUUUCUACUAUCGGAGUUAAUUUAUCCUGUUAGUUACCAAGCCUUAUGAGACAGGUCUCAAGAUAUUUUUUUCAAGCAUGGAUCUUAGUAGAAAAAGUAUUAUCUCAACAAAUAAUUUGAAAACUAUCAGCUUUAACAAAACAUCUAGACUUUCCCUGAAACAGACUGUUCAUCAAAUAGAAUUCCUGGCCUUAUAUAUUUAAAAGAUAAUUAUCAUUAAUUCUAUUGUACAACUGCAACAAACCUUUAUUUGAUUUUUGUUUAAAUAAAGCAACAAUUUUGGUA